UAGUUUCUCAGGCUUGUCCCGAAACACAGUCCUUACAACAAACGAAAGCCCAAAAACGAAGACAAACAAAAUCCAAGGGUUUUAGGAAGAAACAAGAGAGAGAUUGGAACUCUCCUGUUCUGAAGUGAUUCAUUCCACUUCUCUGCCAUGAAGUUCCUUCGAUCUCUCAUUGUUCAAUCACGUCAUGCUGCGCUUGUCGGGUCACUGAAUGGGGUUUCUGGACUCCGAUUCUUCGCUGUUUCCACUGAAGAGUACGCCAAGAGAAACUAUGCAAACAACGUUUCCGAGUACAACACUGUUUUGGGCUCUCUCACUGCACAAAGAAGGAAUUUCUUGCUGAGAGAUGUGUAUCAUGAUAUGAUGCUUGAUGGGGUGAAACCUACGCGCGACACUUUCCAUUCCCUUGUUGUUGGAACUAUGAAAGGAGCUAGGAUGCAAGAUGCUUUCUUCUUCGUGGACCAAAUGAAAACUAUGGGUUUGCUCCCUGAUGUUACUUUGUACAACUUUCUGAUUUCGACUUGUGGAAAAUGCAAGAACUCUAAUAAGGCUAUUCAGAUUUUGGAGGAAAUGAAAUGCAUGGAAGUAAAGCCUAAUGUACAAACCUACAUCUGCUUGCUAAAUGCUUGUGCUGCCGGUGGACGCAUAGACCGAGUGUAUGCAAUUGUCCGUGAUAUGAUAGCUGCUGGUCUGGGAUUGAACAAGUUCUGCUAUGCUGGGCUUAUAGUUGCACACAAGAAUAAGACACCUCUUGCUGAUGAUUUUUCUGCAAAAGUCAUUGAGUUUGUGGAGAAGUCAAAGAUGUGGUCUUCAGUUGAAACCAACAGUGCCAAUGCUGAGAAUGUGAUGAUGGGUGUUACUGAUGAAGAAUUAUACAACCUACCAACAGCAGAAUAUAUUCAUAGGCGUGGAGGGUUUUUGAAUCUACCAUUUACAGCUUAUCACACUGCAUUUCAUGCUGCUGCAGACCUAAAAAAUGUUGAGCAGUUGAAAUGUGAUGUGAGUUCGUUCUGUGCUGCCAAUAGUAUUCGUCAAGGUUUGUUCGGUGGACACUUGAAUGAAUGUGCCACAAGAGCUUUGGCCACUACAUCUUGUGCUUCGGUGUCUGAAGAUCUGCCAAAGGAUAAUUCCGUCUCUGAUAUGUUGGUAGAUUCAUUUGGAAGGCUUCACACAUACUUGAGAAUAUCUGUAACAGAGAGGUGCAAUUUAAGGUGUCAGUAUUGUAUGCCAGCAGAAGGUGUGGAACUCACUCCUAGCCCUCAAAUUUUGACAAAAACUGAGAUUCUACGAUUGGCAAAUCUGUUUGUAAGCUCCGGGGUAACUAAAAUACGUUUGACGGGUGGGGAACCAACUGUUAGAAAGGAUAUUGAAGACAUAUGUUUGGAAUUAUCAAACUUGAAGGGACUGAGAACAUUGUCCAUGACUACCAAUGGUAUUGCUUUAACGAGAAAACUUCCAAGGCUGAAAGAUUGUGGGCUUACUUCCCUCAACAUUAGUGUAGACACUUUGGUACCUGCAAAGUUUGAGUUUAUGACCAGACGCAGAGGGCAUGAAAAAGUUAUGAAUUCAAUUAAUGCUGCCAUAGACCUUGGAUUUAAUCCAGUUAAGGUCAAUUGUGUUGUAAUGCGAGGAUUCAAUGAUGAUGAGAUCUGUGAUUUUGUUGAGCUGACCCGGGACAAGCCAAUUGAUAUUCGCUUUAUAGAGUUCAUGCCUUUUGAUGGGAAUGUUUGGAAUGUCAAGAAACUUGUACCCUACUCAGAAAUGUUGGAUACAGUGAUGAAACAGUUUCCAAGCUUAAAAAGAGAUCAGGAUCACCCUACAGAUACGGCCAAAAAUUUCACAAUAGAUGGGCAUGAAGGUAGAGUUUCGUUUAUCACAUCAAUGACUGAGCAUUUCUGUGCUGGUUGCAAUAGAUUGCGGCUACUUGCUGAUGGAAACUUCAAAGUCUGUUUAUUUGGUCCUUCGGAGGUUAGUUUAAGAGAUCCUUUGAGAUGUGGUGCAGAGGAUCAUGAACUUAGGGAGAUAAUAGGAGCAGCGGUGAAGAAGAAGAAAGCUUCACAUGCUGGCAUGUUUGAUAUAGCAAAGACUGCAAAUAGGCCCAUGAUACAUAUUGGUGGAUAAGGUAUCACACAGUGAUAAAGUUACUUACAUAGCAGGCAACCAGAGUAGUCCUAGUGAGAAGUACCCUGAAUUGAAUAUUAUCUGAGAUCUUCAUUGAUACAAUCUCACUACAUGAAGGGUGAUAGAUUUUUCAACUAUACCUAGCCACAUAUACUGUUAAAUGUUGUUCCUUUGGAUAGAACCCAUUGUUGUUGUAUCGAGUAAUAAUGCAAAUUUGGGCUUUAAAUUUUCUGAUCAUGUGUGACUCUUUCUUCAUUGGUUUAUGACUUUUGGGUCGUGUGUUAAUCUUUCUUCAUUGGUUGUUUGUUUACCAGUCAACUUUAGUUUCAGCAUGGCACUGUAUUUAUUUGUUUUGUUGUAGACAUGACAAUGAAAUUUUGAAAAGGUUGGUUAUGCCCUGUUACAUCAUUGAA